GAUAUGGUCAUUUUAUGACAAGACCCUCCAAUGCAGCGUGGACAUUGGAUCCCCUGUGGCCAGUAUGGGCUACCAUAGAGAUAGCUGUAUGCUUGCCGUUGCUGCUGACAACUUCACAGUGAGUAUUGUAGAUACUGGAGGCAGGAAGGUGGUCAGAAGGUUCAGAGGUCAUACCAACAGGAUCACUGAUAUGUUGUUUAGUCCUGAUGGUCGAUGGCUGGUCACCUCCUCCAUGGACUGCUCAGUCAGGACCUGGGACCUGCCCACUGGAAGAAUGAUUAACAUCUUCCUUGUGGAGUCUCCGGCCACCAGCAUAGCUCUCUCUCCGUCAGGUGACUUCCUGGCAACCACACACGUUGACGACCUCGGCAUUUAUCGGUGGUCCAACAAGACCAUGUACUCUCAUGUUUCACUCCGCCCACUAUCAGAAAAAACCAAACCUACUUUUACCGAUCUACCUACUACCAAGCUGACAGAGCACGAUGAAACUGAUGUUAAAUCAAACACACAAAGAAACGAAAAUAAACUGACAAUGGACGACGUUUCCGAGAAAUGUACACCUCUUGCUGAGGGUUUAGUAACUCUAUCCAUGCUACCAAAGUCCAGAUGGUCUAAUCUACAAAACCUCGACAUAAUUAAGCAACGGAAAAAACCAAUGGAGCCAGCAAAAACUCUGAAACUGGCACCGUUUUUCCUCUCCACUCUCCCUGGCCUGCAGCCAAAGUUCCUCCCCUCUGAGGAGGGUAGUGACAUCCCAGUUACCGAAGUGGGUGGAGGGUCCAAGAUUCUCAACCUGGGAGAGCUCAAUCCACUCUCAGAAUUUCAGAAGUGCCUUCAACAAUGUGCUGGUAGCAACCAAUAUGCCCCCCUAAUGAACCUGAUGAAAGAGCUACCCCCUGCGUCCAUAGAUGCUGAGUUCCGUAGCCUUGCCCCAGAGUCUGGGGGGUCGGUGGAGUGGGUGGAACAUCUGAUGACGUUCCUGCUGAAAACUGUAAAGACUAACAGAGACUUUGAGUUGGUACAGUCGUACAUUGGACUCUUCCUCAAGCUGCACUCCAGUCUGAUUCUUGAAAACCCUGACCUUUUGACAUUGACAGAGAAGCUACUCUCAGAACACAAGCAAGCAUGGACUAGCCUUCAGUAUGACUUGAACAUGAGUGCCUGUCUGUUAGCCUACUGCAAGAGUGCUGUUAUUUAGGUAUGUUUUGUAUUCGUUAGAUAAAAAAUUUUUUAUAUCCUUG